AUGCAUCUGAUCCCACUCGACCAGAACAAGGAGCCAACAUGCGGCAGAGGGUUCCUCGAUGAAGCAAACUAUGAACAGAAUACGCAGAAAGUCAUCCCAGGAGAAAUGUACGGCGUGCUGACAGGGCGACCGAACCGUGUCCUCGUCAUCGACUGGGAUUGUUACGGUGGCAAGUGCGAGUUUGAACUGACGGAAGAAAUGUUGACGCGCAAGGUUGGCGGGGAAGGCGCGUACAUCGUCAAAACGCGAUCAGGCGGGUACCACACGUACUUCGCAUGGGACGAAGAACGAUUCGGCGAUUGGAAAGGCACGGUGGGCAUCGAAGGGUUCGUCGAUAUCCGUACGACGGGUAACUACGUGGUCGGUGCCGAUGCCCCGGGCUACGAGCUACUCCGAGGCGACAUCAACAAUUUACCACCGAUGCCCAACGAUUUGUACAGUUUCCUUGAUGGCAAAGUCGGUCACAAGGUCGAACGCGCGGACACGGAGUGCAGCUUUACGCAAGCAUCUGUGACACCUUUGCUCGAGGAAAUGGGGUUCACGGGCAUACAUUGGCUCAGUGGAGCGACAUCGUAUGAUUUUGAAUGCGACCAAUGUCGCCCACAGCGAGGCACCACUGUGGGCCAAUGUCCUUGCUGUGGGGGCUUCCACGAAGGCAAUGGAAGGGGCGGUGGGAAUCACUUUUACGUCGCCGAGGUCGGUCUCGGCGUGCUCACCGUGAAAAACCAUGGCAACUGCAAGCCCAGACAGUUUCGCUUUGAGGUUGGGUGUUUGGUGACCGGUAUCACCGAAAAGGAGCAGAACGAAAUCAAAGAGGGCACGUCUGCGGGCUACAUCGAGGUCCGCCGUGAGUUCGAGAAGCACGUCGCAAAGAUCUUAACCAAGGACCUCUUCUGCGACGAUAGCUGUUAUGGAACCACCGGGGACAUUACCAAGUUCAGCGAGGCCGCUUUGGUGAGGCGCUAUCGAGAACUCUCCUUUGUCGAUGAGAACGGUGUCUUGAGGAAAGGCAAGAAGAACGGGUUCAUCGAAAAGUGGCUCGACGACGACAAUAAACGGGUGUACGAUACCCUCGAUGUCGUCCCGAAAAACUGCAGCAACAAGACGUACAAUCUGUGGCGAGGCUAUCCGGUCGAAGGCAUCCCCAGUGAACUGGGCAAAGAGGGCGACGUAAAGCCUUUCCUCGAGCUCCUCCUGGUGCUAUGUGGCGGUUCAGAAAAUGCGCUCGAGUACGCUUUGAAUUGGUUCGCGUGUCUCUUCCAGAGACCCGAAGAGAAGCCGAUCACGUCGCUCGUGUUUCGAGGAGUCCAAGGUACCGGCAAGGGCACUUUCCUGCACCUGCUUCAUGCGCUCAUGGGCAAGACGUUUCAUGAGACGGCUGAUCCGAAAAAGGACAUAUUUGGGACGCAUGCGAACAUGAUUGAAGGCAAAAAGUGUCUCGCGUUGAACGAAGCAGAUGAGUGCAUCAUGAAAAUGUAUAGAAAGUUGCUGAAAUCGAUGCUCACGGACACGAGUUUCACAAUCAACCCGAAGCACGUGCAGCUGUACGUCAUCAUGAAUCUGGUUGGGUUCCUAUUUUUCUCGAACGACGACUACCCCGUUUUUCUGGAAAUGAGUGAUCGUCGGUUCGUCGUUAUGGAGCCACUGCUCACGCACUUGAACGACCAGACUGGAUUCUUGAAGGAAUUCCGCGACGUGUACAUCAAGGAUCUGAGGAACUUGAGGGCGAUCUACGACCACCUCAUGGGGCUCGACCUAUCGACUUUUGACUACGUGAAAGACAGACCUACGACCGACGCGUAUUCGGAAAUGAAGCGUGGCUGCAUGCCCAAGUUCACUCGAUGGUUUGAGCAUUGCGUCACUGUUGAAUUCCCUGAGAAGUGGGUUGGAAAUAAAAUCCGCAACAGUGACAUCUUCAUCGAAUACCAGACGUGGUUGCCAGCGGCUACGCGCGGUCAAGAUAGCGCGACCAGGGUCGGCAAUAAGCUCAAGGACUUCUUCAAGAAGGAAAAGGGCCACAGGAUCCCAAUGCGCGAGGACCACCUGAGGCAAGGUAGGGACGAGAAUGGCGUCUAUUGGGAAAUUGACCGCGACGGGUGCUUCGAGUGGCUGAAGAACAAUGGGUACACGGGGGAGACGGAGCUCGCGCCGGCGGUCGUCUGGUGUUCAUACUAA